AGAACGGUAGUUGCGGAUACGGAACUAGACCGGAACUAUCGAGGAUUAAACCUUUGCCUCAGAUCGGUGUACAGUGCCAGUAACACUUCAAAUAAUGCUAGCUAGUUCGCUGUGGGGUUGCCUAAAUUUCUUUCUCUUUCAGGCAGCUCCCUGUGCACCGCAUAUUGUCAUUCUCUGCCAAUGGGCUGACAGCUGGUUGCUGAGAUGUUGCUGAAAGACAUUCCCCAGGAGGUGUUGAUGCGCCCUCUUUCCCGAAAUGAAGUAGUGGGAAUGAUCGUGAGACUGACAAUCUUUGGAGCUGCCACCUACUAUGGCAUCAAAUGGGUGGUGGAGGCAAUGGACCCUACACAUAAACAGAAGAUCCAGGCCAAGAAAAGGGCAGAGCAGCUGAUGAAGCAGAUUGGAGUGGAGGGUGUCAAACUCACUGAAUAUGAGAUGAACAUUGCUUCUCACCUGGUAGAUCCACGCAGCAUGAGGGUCUCCUGGAGGGAUAUUGCAGGGCUUGAUGAGGUCAUUUAUGAGCUGCAGGACACUGUCAUCCUUCCCUUCCAGAAGAGACACCUACUGGCUGGAUCCAAACUCUUUCAGCCUCCCAAAGGGGUAUUGUUGUAUGGGCCUCCUGGGUGUGGGAAGACUCUUAUUGCCAAGGCAACCGCCAAAGCCUCAGGAUGCCAGUUCAUCAACCUGCAGCCCUCCACUCUGACGGACAAGUGGUACGGCGAAUCACAGAAGCUCACCGCUGCGGUCUUCUCAUUGGCUGUCAAGAUCCAGCCAUGUAUCAUUUUCAUAGAUGAAAUUGACUCCUUCCUGAGGAAUCGCUCCAGUCUGGACCAUGAGGCCACAGCCAUGAUGAAGGCCCAGUUUAUGAGCUUGUGGGACGGGCUGGAGACUGGGGCAAGCAGCCAGGUGAUGGUGAUGGGGGCCACCAAUAGACCACAGGAUCUGGACCCAGCCAUACUGCGCAGAAUGCCCACCACCUUUCACGUGGGCCUACCAACUACAAGACAGAGGACAGAGAUACUGAAGUUGAUCCUGGCAGGAGAAAAUCUAAGCAAUGCCAUUAAUCUGAAGGAGAUAGCAGAGAAGUCGGAGGGUUCAUCAGGCAGUGACCUCAGGGAGCUGUGUCGCGAUGCUGCCAUGUACCGUGUUAGAGACUACGUCCGCAAGCAGCAGAUGAAACAGAUAGCCCAGCAGAUGCAGGAGGAGGACGAGGAAGACAAAGCAGGGGUGGAGGAGCGUCUGCGGCCCAUCACCCAGCUGGACCUGCUGUUCGGCCUGGACAAGAUGAAGGAGUCCAAAAAGGCCACCAUGCCCCAGGAACUCAUACCCCGAGAGGUGCCUCUGGACUAAACCUUUCUUUCAGACACCCUUUAGAAAUGCAUUGUUACUGACCAGUGGCCGACCCAAAUGUUUAUCCCCCCCCAUACACACACACACACACACACACACACACACACACACAUCUCCCAGUCCUAGCACAGUGGUCCAAAGCAGUCUGAGAGAGAUGUCCCUGGACCACAAUCUCUCUGUACUCCUUCUCUUAUCCCACACCAAUACCCUUCAGUAUCCAGUUAAUUCCUACUGUCUGUCCACUGUUACAGAUUGAAUUGACCAACUAAUUCCAACCUCCCACACAGUGUCCCAGAACAUUCCCAUUGCCCGGAGUCAUCAUAAAAUACUAGCCUUAGAAAACGGCCUUUGUACAUAUAGCUGGGAAGCAGGGCUGUCCAAUGUAACGCUGUUGAACAGACAGCACAGGGUGAGAGGGACCGGACAGAGUCUCUCUAAGAACUCUGUCAUCAAUGUUAUUAUUAUUUAUUUGUGUCACACAUUUUAUGAGAAAAUGUGAAUCAAUAUUGGUUUUUAAUCAUGCUUUAAAAAAGUACUGAAUACGGAAUAUUACUGUAUUUGCACUGUCAAUGUUCUUUUGGGCAAGCACUAAACUGUCCCAAGUGUCUAGUUGUCUGCAUGUCUAAGUAAUAGAAUGAGAAACAUUAGGUACACAUGUUACAGUUAACAAAGACCAAGAGUCCCUGGGAGUUGAAUCAGUUGGUAAAUCUGAUAUUCUGAAUCUACUUUUUAUUGAAUGUUCAUCACUGUAUUUAAUACUGUACGUCUCCAAAUAUUGUAUUGAAACUACUCCUGACUACAUUAUUAAUCUUUACUGACGAAGGUAGCUGCCUCAUGUCUUCUUUUGUUUUAUGUCACAGUAAUAUGCCCUUCAUUGGUCUGCUGUCUUACAAUCUAAUGUUCUUGAAAUCAUUUUAUGCUUUAUAUACUGUGAAAAAGCAGCUGUGCUUUUGCCAGUUCCAUAAUCAACAACCUUCAAACAUGGGUAUUGACCAGCACAGCAGUCUGUCUCAAAAUGUCAAUCAUUCCAGUCUGUCUCCAUGGAAACUAGACAGAGUUCUACAGUUAGGCCUUGGUCUCUAGUGUGACCCAUUGUCUGCUGUUUUCUGUUCUGUCUUUCAAACAAGAAUCUGAUUUUGACCUGGGAAACCAGGUUUGUGCACCUUGUGAGAAAUCAAUUUCCUGGAAAAAGAAAACAGACCUUCUCAGGUCCCUUACUCUCGGAGGACCAUUGGUGUCCAACUACAGUCUGGUAGAAUUGGACUGUAGUCAGGCACACAGUUCCA